AUGACCCAGAAGCUCCUUGACAGGGCUGAGGGGCCCACGCCAAGGGAGGAUUCGGUGAUCGCCCUGGGAGAGUCGGAGGAUUUACGCAUGCGGCCCACCUGGUGCCACUCGGUGCUGCAGAAGCGAGUGAACAUGUCGUCCAAAUCACGGUCCACCUACAACGAAGACCUUGCCUUGAGGAUGAACGACUCCAUGCGAGAUAAGAGCUUUGGAUCCAGGUGGGUUAGUUCACCUCAGAGCGCUGUCCAAAUGACUUGGGCCCUGAUCUCGUGUCUGCUGAUCUCCUGGGAUUUGCUGACGAUUCCCAUGGAGGUCUUUGACGAUGAAGACUUCACCAACUUCCUCCGAUAUGUCAUGAAAAAGGCGAUCGGCAGGUAUAGGAUGCAGGGUGAACGUGCGAGCGCUGUGGAGGACGAUGUGUGUGAAGUUUUGGGAAAGCUGUAUGCGAUGGAGGCUUCACCACAUCCGAGGAGAGGCUGGGAGAGGACAGUGGCAGCCAUCGGUAAAUGUUUGAAGAGGCAAGCGACGUUGCCAAGCAAGCCCGGUGGUGGCCAUUGGACAAAGGAGCAGUUGGACAAGGGAGUGUUUUUGCCAAAGCAGCAUUGCCCUUUUGAAGGCUGUUCGUGUGGGAGAGGGCAGGUGGCGGAUGAGACCUUGGAUCAUGUGGCGGAGGCACAUUACACCCCUGAAGUGGCCGAGGCAGUUCAAGCUUUCGGUGCCGUGGCAUUUAAGGCUGCGUUGCAUACGGUCUUGAAUGCAGCAGUCAGUUGGUCAUGCAAGCAGGGAGUUCCAGUGGUAUCCAUUGCUCAGGACCGGCGCGCGCUGAGGGUCUUCCAUGAAAGUGUAACUCAUGCAGACUUACAAGCCCUGAUUUGCUUCUGUUGCGGCUGUGUGCACCCGCAUUUGCCCGGAGAGCCGAGGCAGAAAAUUAGCUGGAAGCAAGCUGGGAAGCCUGUGCCUGGCAAGGAGGAGGUGUUUGAAACUUUUUUGGGGCUGAGCCCGCAGCAAAUAGAGGAGUUUUUCGGGAUGGAGACAUUCUUGAGGAGGUUUGGCAGUUGUGGCCCUGGGUUUCCGAACCUGCAGGAGGUGGUGUGGCAGAGGGAGUUGGAAGAUUGGCAGUGCAUUGUACCGUUCGAGAUCGGGGAUGUGCGGAUCUUGUGCAAUCCAGAAGAUCGGCGGUGUCAGUUGGAACAUGCUGCAGAUAUAUGCUCGCAGUGUGAGGUUCCGAUAUGUUGUUCCUGCCAGAAGGCAUUGCAGAAACGAUCUCCGGAGAUGCCUGUUAGGACUUUGAGCAACAACCUUUGGACCGGCUUUGCAGCACCUAUGCUGGCAGUGGAGGACGUGAGCUACUUGGAAGCGGUCUUGGCUUCUCCUUGCAUGCUUUCCCUUGUUUGCUUCUCAUUGGAGGUAAAGCAUGGCAACGUGAUGUUGGAAAAAGCGCAGCAUCAGAGGUCGCGCGUGGGGGCUCGGGGCAACAUUACUUUAUUUCCAUUGCCACUGCAGGAUAUUUUUCGGGAACUACAGCGGCAGGCAAGGCAAGGUCCGCAGUUGCCUUGGGUCGGCAGGGAAAUUGCGGAUGCAGUGAGGAUCGUGCUUCGGACCAGUGAGCUGACAGACGGGCGGGUCAUUAUGCAGGCCAGAGUCCGCAGGAAGAUUGUUGUGAGGUUGAUAGAGGAGGCAGUAGCAAGAGGGCACCCGGCAUAUUCGAAUGUGAGGAUGGAAAGUGUGAUGCAAAGGGCCCUGGAGCUUCCGGAAGAUGGUGUUUUGGAGGAGUUGGUGGCGUUGGCGCGCCAAAGUCGGUCUGAUAUGGAAAACCUGCAGGCAGCGAAGCAUGGCACGCCUCCGCUUGGUGAGCGCGAGAAGGCUCGUGCGUUUGAAGGGGUGCGUCCCUCGGCGGUCACUUGCACCAGAAAUGCCUACGAGGAGGUAUGUGCAGGGGAGGUGGAUGGCAGAGCAUGGCAGGAUGUGGCUGCAGCUGUUCGGGGAGAAGAGAUGCACGUAUUCACUGGCAGUGAGAUGGUGGAUCAGUUCACCAGCGACUUCUUUUGCCAGGCUGGGAAACAGAGGGUGUGA